AUUGCAUAAUCUCUCAAUCGCACUGAAGUGACGGUCUCCUUUUCUCUCUCUUGCGUUGAGUAGUGUUAUUUUACAAGUGCCAAUAGUGUUACAAUUUACAAAUGCUCUCAAGUCCUCAUUUCUGAACGUGACAAUAAAAUAUUACUAUUAAAUAAAAUCACACAUUAAAAUACACGUGAAAAAGGCGGUUGCGUCUAGCUUGAUUCCAGCCAGUUGGCUGCAACUCUCCAUCGAAGACUAAAUGCCAGAAAGAAAACAAAGAAAGAAUAAUAAUAAUAAAAAAAUAAAAUAAGUGGGACCACUGACUUUAAUAUAUAAGACACGUCACAAAAUGGACCUAACAAGAGAUGCUUUUAAUUUUAUUUCCUCAGAAAGUCACAAUAAUUUGCCGAGUGGAAAUACAAAUGAAUAAAAUAUAAGACGUAUUAGGUGUCAAUCAAAUCAAAAAAUCGCAUCCAAGGUCUUGACAUCUACAUAUUCCUACCUUUCAGAACUACCAGGAUGCUGUUGUGGUUCCUGAGUCAACUGGCCGGGAACAACAUCAUAAAUCAAUUUAUUCCUGCCGGCUAGCUGCACCAUAUGAUAUGAUAUAAAUGUUAACACUUAAUCCAACAUUGUUUCACGACCAUCCAUAAUUUAUAACACAUGCUUUUGAUUUUCAAGCUGGGUUUACGUGUAAAAAAAGAGAAGUGUGUUAGCUAGAGAAAGCAAGCAUGGCACCACCUCUGCGAUCAGAAGCAGAUAAUGACAGCAAGUAUCUAACCAAGAUGUUGUUGUCGUGCCUACUUCUUCUUAUAUUGCUUCUCCCCAACUAUAUUGUUGUGUCCCAAACAAUCAUCAGCACCCUGCCGGGCUUUCCCGGUGAUCUCCCUUUCAAGCUUGAAACCGGGUACGUAGGAGUGGGGGAGUUGGAUGAUGUGCAGCUUUUCUACUAUUUCGUUGAGUCUGGGGGGAGUCCAAAAGAUGACCCUCUAGUGCUUUGGCUCACCGGAGGUCCGGGUUGCUCUGCUUUUUCCGGCCUAGUCUAUGAAAUAGGUCCGCUUUCAUUUGACUUUACGGAAUCCAGCAAGAGCUCCCCGACAUUUAAAUUGAACCCGUACUCCUGGACAAAGGUUGCCAACAUAAUAUUUCUAGAUGCACCCGUGGGCACUGGAUUCUCAUAUGCAAAAAGUUGGGAAGGAUACAACAUGACUGAUACAUUAUCAGCAGCACAAACCUAUGAGUUUAUAAGGAAGUGGCUUAUGGCUCACCCAACAUUCCAAAGAAAUCCACUCUACAUUGCUGGUGAUUCUUAUUCGGGCAUAGUUGUCCCCAUUAUUGUUGAAAAAAUAUCUGAUGGUAAUGAAGCUGGACGUAAGCCGGCUAUGAAUCUCCAAGGAUAUGUGCUUGGUGACCCAACUACAGUUCCACAUGAUGACUACAACUCCAGAAUUCCUUUUGCUCACCGGAAGACGCUUAUAUCAGAUGAGCUAUAUGAGUCAAUCAAAACAAACUGCAAUGGCGAGUAUAUCAAUAUAGAUCCAACCAAUACACCAUGCGUAAGUGAUCUUAUCGCGGUGACGGAGUGCAUCAGCAAGCUAUAUACAGGAAAUAUAUUGGAACCUACAUGUAGUUAUCUGUCCCCAAAACCGUUGGCGGUUGGAUCAAAGUGGGAUCCAAGCUACGGAGAGGAUUCUGUAGAUCUCCUCCUUACUGCUCCUCAAAUUCCCAAACCAUGGUGUCGGAGCUAUAACUAUCUUUUCGUUUACAUUUGGGCAAAUAAUAAAACUGUUCAAGAGGCUCUUGGCAUACGCGAGGGGAGCAUCAAAGAGUGGACAAGAUGCAAUGCAAGCUUAUCUUACACGGACAAUGUCUUCUCUACUCUUGAUUACCACCGAAACCUCAUCAAGAAAGGGUAUCGAAUGUUAAUUUAUAGCGGUGAUCAGGACAUGGUUAUUCCCUAUGUGGGCACACACGCAUGGAUAAAAUCUCUAAAUUUGACUGUUUCCGAAGAUUGGGAGCCAUGGUUUGUUGAUGGACAAGUUGCAGGGUACGCGAUGGAAUAUAAUUAUAAAAAGUGCCGCUUGAGAUAUGCAAUUGUAAAGGGAGGAGGCCACACAGCUCCCGAGUACAAGCCAAAGGAGUGUUUUGCUAUGAUUGAGAGGUGGUUUGCUUACUACCCUCUUUAAUUAGUCAAUUUGGUGUUAUUCUUAAUAAACAGUUUCAUGAAACUCGACAGCUUCAAUGGCGUCCUUAAUUAAU